UCACGUUUUCCCCAAACAGGAAGUGUGAGCGCAGCCUCCAGUUAGCAUCAUGUACCUAGUACGACACAUGAAGCUGCGACCUGCCAUGGAAGAAACGCACCAAUGUUUACACUAAACACCGUCGAACGAGGUGUCAUAACAUGACUAGAUAAAGAAGUGCCCUGAACCUGAAGAUGAGACGUCUGUCCCGAAAAAAAGCCCUCAGCCUGGUGAAGGAGCUGGAUGCCUUCCCUAAAGUGUCAGAAAGCUAUGUGGAGACAUCAGCCACAGGAGGAACAGUAUCACUGAUAGCUUUUAGUACCAUGACACUUCUGGCUAUCUUAGAGUUUUUUGUUUAUCGUGACACUUGGAUGAAGUACGAAUAUGAAGUUGACAAAGAUUUUUCCAGUAAAUUGAGGAUAAACAUUGACAUUACUGUUGCCAUGAGAUGUCAGCAUGUUGGAGCAGACAUUUUGGACUUGGCUGAGACAAUGAUAACAUCUAGCGGGCUCCAAUAUGAAUCUGUUAUUUUUGACCUGACCCCACAACAGAGACUGUGGCAAAGGACAUUGCUUCUCGUACAGAACAGGCUGAGAGAGGAACAUGCUCUUCAGGAAGUCCUUUACAAAACUCUGCUCAAAGGAGCACCCACUUCCCUGCCACCACGUGAGGAUGGAUCUAUGGAGCCGCUCAACGCUUGUAGGAUACACGGACAUGUUUAUGUCAACAAAGUGGCUGGAAACCUGCACAUCACAGUGGGAAAGCCUAUUCAUCAUCCACAGGGCCAUGCACACAUUGCAGCAUUUGUGAGUCAUGAAACGUACAACUUCUCCCAUCGAAUAGACCAUUUAUCUUUUGGUGAGGAGAUACCGGGCAUCAUCAAUCCUCUGGACGGCACUGAGAAAAUCACCUUUAACAACAACCAGAUGUUCCAGUACUUCAUCACUGUAGUUCCCACCAGACUCAACACAUACAAGAUAUCUGCAGACACACACCAGUUUUCUGUGACUGAGCGGGAGCGGGUGAUAAACCAUGCAGCAGGAAGCCACGGCGUUUCUGGUAUCUUUGUGAAGUAUGACACCAGCUCCCUGAUGGUGACUGUCAGUGAGCAGCACAUGCCCCUGUGGCAGUUUCUGGUCCGCCUGUGUGGUAUCGUUGGUGGAAUUUUCUCCACAACAGUUUGUUCCUCUGUCUUCAAAGGGAUGCUCCACAGGCUUGUCGGUUUCUGCUUUGACGUCAUCUGCUGCCGCUUGAAGCUGGGAGUUUACAGGCUGAGAGAGGAUAUGCAGCCGCAUGAGAUGAACAACCUGAACCAUCACCAAACCCCUCUGCUGGCUGACCACGCCCCUCAGGAGUAAAUCUUUUUUAUUUGUGAUCAAACUGCUGACUCAUCCAUCUGAAUGGUGCACUGAUGAGGAGAUCCUGACUUCAACUGCAGAUGGUUUAAGUCAACACACAUUACACCGUUAUUUAGCAUUGUUCAGUUUGCUAACAUUAUGUCAUCAACUGUUUUUCUACUGGAAAAGUGACGCUGUCUGUUUAACACUGUACUGUUAAACAAAAUUUUCAAUCGUUUAUUGCACUUUAGGAUGAUUUCUGCCCUGUGACUGUAUUCAUACAUUUGUAUUUAAACAAGAUUUGUUUUAAGACUGAUUGUAUUUCAUUAUGAGACCUUUUUGCUGUAUCACGUGUUUUUUUCAAACUCCAUUAAAAUGAAUUACUGAA